AUCAAAGUUGUUUAAUAAACAAAACAAAAACUGCAACAUUAAGUGUGUUAUAACCAUGUGCUAAACUUGUUUUUAGUGCCAUCUUAUCACAUUAAAAGAUAUAUCAUGUUAACGACGCAUUUGUAGGUUAUGUUUAGAUCCUUAAAGUUACGUGCGAUUGUCCUUUUUGCGAAUGGCGACGAAAGCUCUAGCUAAAGCUUUCACUUCGAAUAAUGUUUAUUGAAUAAUCAUAAAGUGUUAUUAAAUUAUAUCACAAUGGAUUUAUACAGCAUGUAUCUACCUGAUGCACUUUCAUACACCUCGUUUAGGAGUCCUGCUUACUACAGGGACUACGAGACCCAACCUUUUGACGACAAGAAAAGAAAUUGUCAUUACAAAGAAAAACAACAACCCAAUCAACAAUCCUCUGCCCAUGCCCAACACAACCACGGCAAUCAGGGUACCAACAAGCAGCAACAAAGGCGCGAAAGCUGUCCCUUCUGCAAAGAAGACAAAAGGCGGCCCUUGGGUGCUUACUUGAGGUCAAAGGGUACUUCCGACCACAAAGACAGCAUAACAGAAGAAGAGGAAGAACAAAAACAUGGUGAAGAAACCCAACAAACAAAACGAGACGAAUAAUCGAGAGAAAAGCUUGACGUCGCGAAAGAAAAGAGGAAUUUGAUGGAGUUAAUGGAAAGCGCCUGGUCGGAGACGAUGUCAAGGCUAUUAUAUAAUACGACGAUGCAUCUUUGUACAGAGGCGUUGCGAUCAUUAAAUUUAUUUUGAUAAUUGACCUCUAUUAAUCUGAUUAUUCCUGCAACCCAUUUCCUUGCGUAUUUGAAACUUAAAUUCAAACC